AUGGAACAGUUGUAUACCCACGCAAACGAACAUCGCUAUACGUUAGUUGUUGGAAUACUAUCCGCCAGAGAAAACUAUGAACUGAGGCGGGCGCUGAGAAACACGUGGAUGACGUAUGUGUCGACCUGCAACAGUUUGGACUAUGGUGUAAUGGUGAAAUUUAUUGUGGGCUCACAUGCUUGUAAUUUCCAUCCAUCUCUCAGACAGGAUGAAUUCGGAUGUCAACCCCUCAACGUCACCGAGGACUUUGUGUCGAACCGUGAUAUCGUCAUCACUGCGUUAGGAGUGUUUGAUUUCCAGUUAGACGGCAUUAAGUCGUCAUAUUUGAAAGUGACAUUGUACGACACGGUGAGUCACGAGCGUGUCGUGGGUGCGAUAUUCACAACACAAAGUCCAGGUUUAUUGAAGGGGAAUUUCAGAUUCCGUACCGUGGAAUCCUACGUUCUACCAAAAGGAUUCAGAGGUACCGUAGUUGUUGAAAACAUGAACUCCCAGAAUCCUGCCUUGAAGUGCAAAGCAGAAAGAUGCGAUAUUAUUGACAAUGGGAAAGGGUUGGUAAGUCUUGGAAGAAUUCGACACGGUUCGCAUGCUAGUAACCAACUCCCAGUUUUAUGGGAACGAUAUCAAGAAGAAAUAUUUUACGCCGCAGGCAACUUUAUGUUUAUUUUUCCGAAGACAGACGACGACAGCGACGUAAUAUCAAGACGAAGUGAAACUAUGGAAAAAUGGAUGAAAGCUAAGAAACGGGAGACCGAUUUGAUAAAUCAGGAAAUAUUGGAAUUUAAUGACAUUGUGUUAAUCGACGAAGUUGAUACAUAUCGAAACAUACCCAACAAAUUAGUUGAAUUCUACGAUUGGGCAUUCCGUAACAUUGAGUUCGAUUUUCUCUUGAAGACGGACGACGACUGUUACGUGGACAUUGAGCGCAUCGCACACAAACUGCGCAGUCUUGAACUGCGGAGAACCGACAAAUUUUGGUGGAGCCAGUUCCGUAAACAUUGGCCAAUAAACAGUUUUGGCAAGUGGGCGGAGUUGACUUACACGGCUAGCGAGUAUCCGAUGUUCGCGUGUGGUUCUGGGUACGUACUGUCGUCGGAUCUCGUUGGCUGGUUAGCGAGGAAUAAAGACUUUUUACAUCGUUACCAGGGCGAGGACGUUUCGAUGGGUAUCUGGUUAUCUGCAGUUAACCCAAAUUUUAUCCAGGAUCCAGGCUGGCAGUGUAAUCAGACAUGUUACCGUGGUGUCUAUACAAUACCAGAAAACACGCCCCACCAGCUGCAAGAAUUGUUCACGAAUACAGAAAACUGCGGCAAUCCAUGCGAUUGUCAUGUCGAGGAGACAAAUAAAUAA